AUGGAACAUAACUAUGACUUCAGCGGUGAAGAAAAUAAUAUGGCACAAGGCACUGUUCCUCAUAUGGAUUACUACAACCAAUAUCCAAUGAAUUCUGCGCACAUCCAUGGUCCUCAUUUUGAUCAUACUUACAACACGUUGCAUAAUUCAAACUACAAUUUGGGUGGUACUGGUGAAAAGUAUUCAAACAUUCAUUCUUCUCCAAAACAGCAGUUACCAAGUGGAAGCACAUCUGAGUCCUUUGGUUAUCCCGUUGACUUCGGGCCUGGGUUUUCACUAAAUGAAAAAUCUCCAACUCAGGGUAAAGGCGUUUUAGAUAUUCCUCCUGACUCUAGCCCUAAUGGUGAAUAUCUAGUGGACUUCCGAAAUUCAAAUGAAAACGAAAGUACGCAUGAAACCUCCACUGAAUUAUUGAAGAGCAACCAGGUGCAGCCAAGAACCGAACUUACAAAAAUUGGGAAGACUACUCGUCAUUCAGCUAGUACAACUCAGAAACCUAAGGUUCCUCGACAACUGGCAACUGAUCGGAAUGUGACUAAGGUUCACACCUCAUCUAGGUUGAAGAAGAACCAACAGGAUCUUCCCAUUGAGUCUGCCAGUGAAAGCUUGCAGCAACCUGAUCCUUUUGCACAGUGGUACCAGAUGAUGUCACAGUACUACAACCAAUUUUAUCCUGGGUAUCAAAUGGUACAGCAGCCAACGCUACCACAGCAAUCUGUCCCUCAUCGCUCAUCAAACAGGUCGACAAAAGUGGUAAGUCAACCUCAAGAACUCCAAAUGCCAUCGGGAAACCAAACAGGAUCGUUUGACUAUGUCAAUUACUACUACCAAUAUUACGCCGCAGCUGCUGCUGCACAGAUGUGGUCUGGUGCCCAUCCAAGCCAUCUAUUGAGUACAACUGUCAAUGAAGUCCCACGAUUUUAUAAUACUCCACAUAUAAAGGCCUGGAUGGGCUGUCCUGGUGUUAUUGUACAGAUUUUACCGUCCAGGCCAUUAGAUGGAGAACUGGCAAGAGUUGAGUUAAUUGACCUUUCUGAGCUGGCAGAUGAAGCUGUAGCGGACGCAGCAAAACGAGCAGCAGACACUAGUGGUGGUAGCCUAAUUCGUACACGAGAUCCCUAUUUCAUUCCACAACAACCUGAACAAAAUGCUCAUUUUAGUAUUACUGAUUCUGGUAUGCAAACUCCGAGUCGUCUUUCGAGUAUUCCAGCUGGAGGUGCAGGAGAUGAAGACACAGAAGAAAUGCGUGCGUGUGCCGCCAUUACUGCGUGUUGGGAUCGAGUGGACCACGUGUUUUAUCCAGGACCGCUUGAUCGAGUGGGUACUUUAAAGGCGGAUGUACUAGCGUUCUUGCGUGAAAAGUUGUCAGAGAUUCAGGACCGUUUACCUAUUGAUUGGGAGUCUGCUGCUUUGUUAUUGAUGUUUUUGGAAGCUCUAGUUAAAAAUAAUGGGAAUUUGCAAACGUCAGAUCUCGUACAUCUUUUGUUAGAAGGUCAUGAACCAACAACCAGCACUUUUAGAAGUAGUUCUUAUGCUGGUGGUACUUCUAAUUCCUAUUUAGGAGUACAUGCACCAAUUCAUUAUUCAAGCAAUUUCAAUCACUUUUCUCAAGUUGAUGGAUAUAUGAAUGAAUCACUUAUUUCAUUGCCUAGUAGUCAAGUUCAAAGUGGACGUACAAGUCCUGAUUCUCAUUUUGAAAUUGAUUAUAGUGCUACAAGUUUACUUCGACAUGGAAAUAAGGCAGCUUCUGAAACUGGUGGAUUAGCUUCUGUUCAAAAUAUUAUUCGACGUGUUGCUGCAGUAAAUAUAGGAACUGGAUUACGUAGUCAAGAGUCAGAAGAUAAACUUUUGGAUCGUUUCCGAGAGCUAUUAAUGCAUGGUUUACCAAUAAAAGCAUUGGAACAUGCUUGUCGUUCUAAAUUAUGGGGUCAUGCAUUCACUCUAGCGCAUAGAUUAGGACCUCCAACUUUUAUGAAAGUAAUGGAUCGUUUUAUGAAUAAUGAUAUUUCAAUGUCGGAUCCAAUUCUUACUUUGUAUCAACUAACUGCUGGUGAAAUGCCACAAGUUAUCAACUCUGCAGCGUAUGGAAAAGGCUGUGAUAGUGGUGAUUGGAGGCCACAUUUAGCCAUGAUACUAGCUACUCACUCAACACAGUUAGAAUUAUCGCUUACAGCUCUGGAACGUCUUGGUGAUGGCUUGUUGUCUAGAAAACAUAUAUACGCUGCACAUCUUUGCUAUUUACUAAUGAAUACUUUAAAAUAUUCAAAUAAAAUUGAAGAUCAGAGAGAAUUUCAAUUACCGGCUAAAAUAUGGUUAAUUGGUGUCCCACCGUAUAACGAUGCAAUGAAUACAGAAUCAAUUGGAAGAAAUCUUAAUGGUAUUGGGUUAGGUUAUUUUCAAUCCCCUUUGUUUGCUACUUCAGAAGCGAUUCAACUAACUGAAAUAUAUGAAUAUGCAAGUCAAUUAGCUAAUCGUAAAUAUCGAUUACGUCAAUUAUUGCCUUUUCGUCUGAUCUAUGCUAUUCGACUAUUAGACGCUGGUUUAGUUGAAAAAGCCUAUCAAUAUUUAAAAGCUAUUGGAAAUGAAAUCCUUUUAGAAUUCGAUGAAAAUUUAUCUAAAAACAAUUUUCAAAUGAAUCUAUCAAUCCUUUAUUAUAUUGUUUAA